CUCCGCGUGACGUCAUCAUCACAACAAAGUGCCAUGACAGCCUGCGGUGGAACGGCGGAUCGGCUGAGGAGUGAAACCGAGGUUAUUAUCCAAAACGCAGAGCGCCGUUCGUCUACCGGUGAUACUGAUCUCCUGAGUUUGUAAGCUGCCGGGGCGUUCGUCCACCUGCCCGCCAGCGAGCCGGAGACACGGGGAACAGGAUCGGGAAGCAGCGCGGAGCGGGCGCCGCGGAGAGAGUGGAGAAGAUGUCGGCCAGCCCUGAGAAGAGCUCCACAGCCCAGGAGCUCAAGGAGCAGGGGAACCGCCUCUUCCUCUGCCGCAAGUACCAGGAGGCGGCCACCUGCUACAGCAAGGCUAUUAACCGCAACCCGUCUGUGGCGGUGUACUACACCAACCGCGCGCUGUGCCACGUCAAGCUCCAGCAGCACGACAAGGCGCUGGCCGACUGCAAGCACGCCCUGGAGCUGGACGGCCAGUCGGUCAAGGCCCACUUCUUCCUUGGCCAGUGCCACCUGGAGCUGGAGAACUACGACGAGGCCAUCGGGAACCUGCAGCGAGCGUACAACCUGGCCAAGGAGCAGAGGCUGAACUUUGGCGACGACAUCCCCAGCGCUCUGCGCAUGGCCAAGAAGAAGCGCUGGAACAGCAUCGAGGAGAAGCGCAUCCACCAGGAGAACGAGCUGCACGCCUAUCUCUCCAAGCUGAUCCUGGCCGAGAAGGAGAGGGAGCUGGAGGACUGCAGAGAGAAAGAGGACGACAAUCAGAACGGCAGUGACAUCAUGAAGAUAACAUCCCAGAAUGACAAGUAUCUGAUGGACAUGGACGAGCUCUUCUCUCAAGUGGACGAGAAGAGAAAAAAGAGGGAGAUCCCAGACUACCUGUGUGGGAAGAUCAGCUUUGAGCUGAUGAGGGAGCCAUGCAUCACGCCCAGCGGCAUCACCUACGACCGCAAGGACAUCGAGGAACACCUGCAGAGGGUGGGUCACUUCGACCCGGUGACCCGGAGUCCUCUGACCCAGGAUCAGCUGAUCCCCAACCUGGCCAUGAAGGAGGUGAUCGAUGCCUUCAUCCAGGAAAACGGCUGGGUGGAGGACUACUGAGCCUGGACACUUCUCCUACUCACCCUCCAAACCCUCUCCUUCCCCCUCCCUCCUACUCUGCUCCUUCUCUUUACCCCUCCUCCUUACUGAGAGAAGAGGCCAGACACCUCCUCAUCUUCCUCACCCAUUCUACAAAGGGUGCCUGCCCUGGCAGGCUCUUUCUUUCUCUCUCUCUUUCUCUGUCUCUCUCCCUCUCCCUCUUUCUCUCUCCAUGUAUCCCGGUGUGUCUCUCUCUCUCUCUCCCUGUGUGUCCGUCUGUCCUAGGCUGUCCUUCCAAGCCCCACGCUUCACCUCUGCAUUCCUGUCCUCCCCUCACAUUCCCUCGCUCUCUCUCUCCAACUCUCUCCUGUGUAUGAAGUCUCUCAGGUCUCUCCAUCCCACCAUCACUCUCUCCACUGUGCCUCGUUCACCCUCUCUCUUUGUCUCUCACCCCUUCCUCCCCCUCUGUCGUCAUGUCUAUGAGCUAAACAUGUCUACAAUCACAACAGACAAUUCCAACACCAACUGAGUGGAUUAAGGCACAAGUCUUUAAGAAUAAACAUCCACUCUGUCUCUCUCCGUCUCUCUCUCUGUCUCUCUCUG